UUUCCGUAACACGCACUUCUGCAACGUGCAGGUGGAGUAGAGUGGUGAAGGUUUUUGCUUUUUCAGGAUUGAAAGUGUUUCCCUCAGAGACUGACCAGCAACCAUGGCAGAAAAAAAAGAAGAGAUGACUCCAGUUGAGAUGAAAGUGGUGCGACAGAUAGAGUAUUACUUUGGGGAUCACAACCUCCCAAGAGACAAGUUUCUGAAAGAGCAGUUGCAGCUGGAUGAUGGCUGGGUACCGCUGGAGACGAUGCUUAAAUUCAACAGACUGAAGUCUCUGACUAAAGAGAGCAGCGUCAUAGUUGCAGCUCUGCAGAAAUCAAAGAAUGGCCUCUUGGAAAUCAGUGAAGACAAGACCAAAGUCAGAAGGUCUCUGGAGAAACCUCUACCAGAAGUGAACGAUGAAUACAAAGACGCACUUAAACACAGAUCUGUGUACAUUAAAGGUUUUCCCCUUCAAACAUCUCUGGAUGAGGUUCAGGAGUGGCUGAAUGCGAAAGGUGACGUAGAAAACAUUCAGAUGAGGAGAAACCUGCAAAAGCAGUUUAAGGGAUCUGUGUUUAUCUGUUUCAACACCGAAGAGGCAUCAAAGAAGUUCCUGGAACGUUCAGACACAAAAACAUUCAAAGACAACGAGAUGCUGGUGCUAUCAAGGGAAGACUACCACACAAAGAAAGCGGAAGAGAGGAAACAGUUCAAAGCUGAGACGAAAGCAAAAGCUAAACAGGAAAAGCACGACCAGCAGAAACAGGUGGAAGAAAAAGAAAUGGGUCUACUCUUGGAGGAACAGACGGGUUGCCUAUUGAAGUUUUCUGGAGAGCUUGAGGAUGUUUCAAGAGAGGACUUCCAUGAUCUGUUCUCUGGGCAUGGGAAGAUAAAAUGGGUUGACUUUACACGAGGAGCCAAAGAGGGCACCCUUCUUUUUGAUGGGAAUGCUAAAGAAGCCUUUGAAAAGGCCAAAGAGUCAAACGGAGGGGAACUGAAAGUGAAGGACAACACUGUUACAUGGCAGCUACUUGAAGGAGAUGAAGAGAAAGAAGUGCUGAAGAAGAUUAUCGAAGCUCAACAAGAGUCAUACAGCAGGUCCAGAGGCAGAGGUGGAAGAGGACGAUCAGGUGGCAGAGGAAGAGGGGGCCGAAGGGGAAGAGGUGGCAGAGAUCACGGCAGAGAUCAGGGCAGAACUAAUUUCCAAGGAAAAAGGACAAAGUUUGAUAGUGAUGAUGAGGCUCCUGCAGCUCCAAAGAGAGAACUAGAAGAUGCAGAUGGCCCUGCCGCAAAAGUUGCCAAAACCGAAAAUGGAUCUUAAUGAGGAGAUCACACUCGGAAUAUUUUUUUUGUUAAGAUUUAUUAUGAACAGUGACAAAAUAAAGGCAACAUGAAUCCAUUCCAGUGAAAGCUUCAGGCUUUGGAGAAGCGUAUAAAGUCCACCUGGAUGUCAACCUAGAGAAACAUUUGCAAAACUUGGAAUCAGUUUUCAGCCUGUUAAGUCUCUGUAUGUUGCACCUCCGUAUUAUUUGUGUAAUUAUGAACCUAUAUCCCUUCUUUUUGAAGACAUUUUUGAUUUUAGUACAUUUCCAUAUUAUCCUGCGUUUGACGGUAAUUUUAUUUUAGCAGAAUAUUUUAGUUUGUUUUUUAAACCAAGACCCGUGUGACAUCUACAACCUGUUUGCCAAAUGUUUUCUGUAGGUUUUUUGUUUUGUUUUUUGUGGUUCUAGACUUCCUACAUCAUUGAAUCAGGAGAAUGCUUGGUUAUAUUUUUUAAGUUUGCAUAUGUGAAUAACAAAUAAAAUGUUUGUAGAAAGAGAA